CGAGAAGACCGUGCGGAAUUAAAGUCAAAACUCCAGUCGUUUAGUUUGCGUACAGAGAAAAGAAGAGCAAAAACUUGAUCUGAAAAGUUCCCAUCGUGGAACUGUAUUAGGCAGCGCUUGCGUAAAUCUACCAAGAUUUUACAGUUGUCAUAUUUUUAUACCGAUGAUUAUAUAAAUGCGGUGGCGACGAAAAGAAGUGCAGCACGUUAAGCGGCAGAGGAAUUAGUAUUUUGUCAGGCUAAUAUCUUCAGUGUGGCGACAGUUCAGAGGGGGAUUGCAUUGGGGACGCAGUGGACAUCCAGCGAGGAAAUACCACAACUUUGACCAUCAGUGGUGGUUUUAAAGAUUUUUUUUUUUUUUUUACCAUCGGCUUGGUCUUCGGCUGGUCGUUGAUUAAGUUGCCCGGUAAAGUGAAGCCACGCCGGGGAAAGGCACAGAGCGACGGCCGCUGCUCUCCGGCUAGCUCGCCUGCUGCUUCUGUUUCUCGGACCGAGGCCUUGCUGGAAAGGCGACAAUGCUUGACAUAAUGUCUGAGCACCAAGAUUCACUGUUGACGUGCAAAACGGAACCCUUGCCCCCCGAGAGGAAAAAGAGGACUGUUGAGGACUUCAACAAGUUCUGCAGCUUUGUCUUGGCUUAUGCAGGUUACAUCCCCAGUCCAAAAGAGGAAAGUUCAUGGUCUCCAACAUCGUCCAGCUCUGCACACAGUUCAGGGUUGUCAGCAGAUGGAGGUGGGGGCGGAGGCAGCAGCUCCAUGGGGAACACAUGGGGAGAUGGAAGCUCUGACAUCCACACCAUCCACACAUUUGUCCGCAAAGCACGAGCAAAUAAGGGCAAAAACAUCCGCCGUAUGCACUCUGACAGCUCUCUGCUGGACAAAAUGCGUCUUAAAGACUCCCUUUACGAGACCCAGGCCAGCGCUAAAGCAGAGCGCAAAAAGGAAAAAAAACUGAAAAAGCUGUCACUGGGCUCUGCCAUGACGGCGGCUGACAGCGGCAGCAGCGAAGGUGAGAAGAGAGCGCGCAUCAAGCGCAGCAAAAACUCAAAACAGCCAAAAGCCAAGAAGCUGAAGAGCUCGGCCGGCCAGAGCGAGACAGACUCAGAGGCACGGCACUCGGAGGUACGAAGCGUCCGAGAUGAGCUGGCGACGCAUGGCGGCACCACGCCGACCGCACAGGGGCUGCCGAAGACGCCGCCCGAUGAGUCCAUCAGGGACGCAGAGAUGAGCUCAAGUGAGGGCGAGACCUGGAUUGCAGACGAAGACAUUAUGGUGGAGUCAGGUGACGACUCGUGGGACCUGAUCACCUGUUACUGUGGGAAGCCGUUUGCCGGGCGGCCCAUGAUCGAGUGCAACCAGUGCAGCAUCUGGGUUCACUUGUCAUGCGCCAAAAUCAAGAAAUCCAACGUCCCCGACAUCUUUUACUGCCACAAGUGCAGGGACUUGCGGAGGUCGGGAGGACACAAAAAAGACACCUAGAGACAUAUCCGCUGGAAACUCGUUUUCGUUAAUGCCUACAGCCAAAACAGCCUGAAUUAUCAUCUAGACGGCAACAUCAACAGUGUAGGAUUUUUUUUGUUGUUGUUUUGUUUUUUUUGACAAUCACAACCAUUCUUAUUUAUCCCCCACUUUUUAAACCCUUUUUUUUUUUUUUUGCUGCAGAGAAUCUAGAUCUGAUGUGAAAUGAUUCCUACAGCGAUGUGCAUAUAUUCACCUGAAUCUCAUGAGCUUCGAGUGCAUCGGGUAGAUUUUUUUCCUCCCAAGAUAUUGACAAAUCAGUGAAAAUUUCCUCUAAUCUUACCCCUGAUUUUCAGUUUGGAAAACUGUUCAAUCAAUGCAAGUUUUAAACUAAAUGUGUUAUUUAAGAGGCAGAAAUGUCACUCCUGUUUGUUUCAGAGUUUGUCAUGAUGCGAGAUGGGCAGCUUGUUUUAUUUUGAUCGUAUUUCGGCGCUUUCUCUGUUGUUUUUCGACCUAGAUCUCACUCCGUCUUACAGUAACUGAUCUUCAAAUCCAGCUGCCAGUCGAUUUGUCUGCGUCUAAAUUACUAAAUUUGAUCUUGCGCACAUGACUCUCUGAGCUUUGUAAAACCCAAACCCCAUUUCAGCUGGUUCUGGGAAUCUGGAUUACAGCCCAUCAAAUCCGCACUUAACGUUCCUCCCUAUCAGGCUCCAUUCACCACGUUUUUAUUUCAGCUGCUCUUAAAUUUAGCUUUGUUUUGUUUAGUUUUUUUGUUUCACGCUGUCCAUCAAAACUUUCUUCUGAUGAGAGCAGAGUACAGCAGCUACAAGACGAACGGUUCGGCUUUGAGGCUCAUUUCUGAAUGGUUGUAAAAUAUUUGUUUUCUAUUUCACAUACCUGUUUAUUUCUUAGCUGUCUGAACAGCGGGAGUAGAGACGCACCCGCCGUCGGAGAAUGGACGUAAAGAUUGUCUCACAUCGAGAACAAAGUCGUAGUGUACAGAAGACAUGUUGACGCCACGUAGGUUGUGGCACUUGUCUGUUUUUGGUUUUACCAUGUGCUCUUUAUUUUUUAUUUUUUGUUUGUUGUUUUCGUUUGUUUUUUUGUUUUUGUUUUUUUGUGCUGGUGGGAGAGUCUCGAUACGUCUCCGGUAGCAGUUGCACUCUCUCUACAACUUCAAUUCUGUGUACAUAUCCUGUCCUUUGACAACUGUACAUAUGUGAAAGUGAAGAGAGGAAAUACCCAAGCAAAUUCUAUAUUUUCUGCAGUCUGAUAUUGUUCUUUAAUUGUAGCUUGAAAAAUAAAACUCUUUGGGGACAUAA